CGAAACGGUGAGGGGAUUGUGGUUCGAUAUUGAAAUGUGGCCCAAAACUUUACUAACUCGACCGCACCCUUCGCUCACUCAGCCCACUCCCAGAGGUAAGAAAAUAAUCCAUCCAUGUUGGGUCCAAAUCUUUGAAACUCAUCUAUUCCUCUUCCCCUUUCAACCUAUUGGACAACCUCGCCCCUCGUUUGCCUCUGAAAUCUCAAAACGCAAAACUCAUCUCACACUGGCCAGUGGAGCGUCCCGCUCGAGGGAAAGAACAAAUUCCUUAAUUUCUGGUUUACGGUGUUUUUGGGUAGAUGGCUUUUCGAGGUCGGGGGCAGGGGCGGGGGCGGGGAUAUGGAGGCGCCGGUGGUUAUGGAUUUGCCAAACGAGCCAUUUGAGCUUUUCCCUGUUCAAAGGGCAACGGCCAAGUCAGAAAAAAGUUAGAUGGAAUCCAGAGUCAGAGCUGCAGAAGCUAGAUUAUUUAGAAAAGCUUGAAGAAAGGGCUCAGGGCCAAGAGAAUAAAGAUGUAAAGGAAAGGAAAGAAGGCGAAAAUGAAGAUGAAGAUGAAAAUGAUGGAGAAGAAGACAUUGAGGAAGAACCUAGUGAUGAUGAUUAUUUUCAGAAUGUCAAGUUUGAUGAUGAUGAUGAUGAUGAUUUUAAUGACGUUGAUGAUGGUGGUGAAGCUUGAGGCAGGUUUCGCGUAUAUGGAAGCAUUCCUUUUCUUAGUUGGAUUAAUUUGGUAUCUUAAAUUUCACCUUGUCACACCAUAUGAGGCUUCUAAUGUAUGAAUUGCCUGCUUGACAAAGAUGUAGAGCAGUGAAGUUUUAGUCUAGCAUUUUUUAAUCUUGGUGAAGUUUGUUACUUGUGCUAUACUUUCCAAGAAAUAAAAGUUUGUGCUAUACUUGUGCUA